AUGGAAGCCCAAACGCAGCCUUUGGCUAAGCCAAUGGACAAAAUGCCAGCAUCCUGCAGGAAUCCAGUUUUCAUCUGGAGCAAUGAGACGGAUGGAUGGGAAGGAACACCAAGUCAGAGCUCCCGGCUGGUGCGGUCCCUGAGCAGCCUGGGUGGCAUGUCUGACUCAGCCCAAGAACCAGGCAGUGGGCAGGUGUUCGUGACCUCGGAGAACCAGCUUGUGUACUACCCCAGCAUCACAUACGCCAUCAUCGGCAGCUCUGUCAUCUUCGUGCUGGUGGUAGCCCUGCUGGCACUGGUCCUGCAUCAUCAGCGCAAACGGAACAAUCUCAUGACUCUCCCUGUGCACCGGCUGCAGCAUCCUGUACUGCUCUCUCGUCUGGUGGUCCUGGACCACCCCCACCACUGCAACGUCACCUACAAUGUCAAUAAUGGUGUUCAGUAUGUGGCUACCCAGGCCGAACAAAACGCCUCAGAAGUAGGCUCUCCACCUUCCUAUUCAGAGGCCCUGCUGGACCAAAGACCUGCGUGGUAUGACCUUCCUCCACCACCUUAUUCAUCGGACACCGAGUCUCUGAACCAAGCUGACCUGCCUCCUUACCGCUCGCGGUCAGGAAGUGCCUACAGUGCUAGCUCCCAGGCAGCCAGCAGCCUCCUGAGUGUGGAAGGCAGCAGCCACAGCCCAGAGCAGCCUGGCCCUGCAGAGGGUACCUCUGAGCCCAGAGACUCCGUGCCCAGUCAGGGCACUGAAGAAGUAUAAAAUCCAGCGGUUCCAAAGUCCAUAUGGUAGAUCCUCUCCAGCUCUUCGAAUUCUAACGAACUGUGCUCAUGGGACACUCUUCGAGCUCCUUUUGAGGAUGUCUCUAGUUGAAGUUUUGGGGUGCUGACGGCAUCCUCUCCUCCAGAUAUCAGGGAUGUUCUUCGGAAUGACCCGGCACUUUUCCGCCCACCUAGUUAACAGGAUGCACUGCCGUCUUCUCUGCGCAGUCGCUGUUCCUUGGGGGCCUGUGAUUUACAGACUCAUGCUUCAGAUGACUAUGCGACUGUUGGUCCAUCCCAGCAGUCUCGUGCCUGGGCAGGCAGCAGGGUGAAGCCAUGUGUAAAUAGUCUUUGGCCGGGUUCUAGGGCCAGGUUGCACAGUCAGGAGGUCAGAGGAGGUCAGACCAGAGUCCACGGGGCUGCCUGCCACCUUAUAGAUACAUUUGGAGACUUAGCUUGGAGGAUUGUUAUAAAAGGCCAUUGUCCAGUGGCCACUCCAAAACGUGUCCAGGAGAACAUCAGAUCCCACCUUGUACUCCCCUGUGCAUCGACCGAACUUCAGCAGAGGCCAAAGAAAGAUUCUGACAUGAGCGACAGCUUUCAACUCUCAAAACUCUAGUUUGGUUUUCUGAGAGACUCAGAAACCUCCAACCUGGCCUUACAAACUCGCCUAAGAUUCCUCAUUUUGAAAGCUUUCUAGAUGCGCAGAUCCCAGCAGCAUCCUUGAAUGAGUAGGAACCUCUGCCAUGAGUUCUUAGCUCCUAAUGGGUAGGUUACCAGAGUCUGGUCCUGCCUCAGCCCCAUAAUCCUUGCCCUGACUUCUGGAAUGUCCCCUUCCAAGCUGACCUGCCAUAGCUAAGGGUAAGGACCCACAUGAAGUUGGUCAAAAUUCGGAUCUAACCCUUUGCCCCAGGAAAAUGGGCCCAGCCUGUUCAUCUACGCAACUUCCUCACUAGGCUCCUAAGUUCCGUGAACACCUAAGAGCCUGUUUUCCAUGUGCAUUUGGACACGGGACAUGAGUUUUUUUCUAACUUACAUGAGAACCACAUUCAGUACCACCCAUGAGAACUCUCAGGUCCCUGUACUACACAACCCCCAGGAACGGUGCACCAAGUCAGGGUUAGGGUUAGAGUGAGGGUCAGGCCUGACCAGACACCCUGGCAGUUUCUCUUGAGAGAAGUGGGCAAUAGAUAACUUGGAGUCAAGAUUUCCCAUUGGAUUUUUUUUUUAAAGUCUCUUAGAAAUGCAUUUGAAACAGUGUGUUUGUUUUUUCCCUUCUAGUUAAGGGACUAUUUAUAUGUGUAUAGGAAAGCUAUUUCUCUGGUUUUCUUCUUUCUCUUUUAGUGAGGUCCAAAGAAAGAUGCAAAAAGAAACGCUGCCUUUCCCCAGCCCCAUCCCAUAAUGUCACCUCAGACUCACAUACAUGCCAAGCAUCUAUCUACACUGGAGCAUCUCGGAGUCGUUAUUUAUUGAGUUACUGAAACAUGCAGAGACAAGUCCUCCAUCCAUUUUCUGUAUGUUUGGAUUACCUUUCCUCCUUCUCCAUGCCCAGCCAGCCCUAGUGCAUGCCACCACCACGCACCCCUGCCAACCAGGCAAUAAUGGGUAAACCAUACUCACUAGGGACAAAACUGGGACCAGAUGGUGCCACCUCAGGCAGCUGCCACCCAUUCAAAGCAUUUUUCCACAGCUGACGAAAGUUUCAACAACUCGUUCGAUGCUAAUUAAAAGGGAGCCUGCAGGGAGCGGGGAUGAAGUGGCCUUCAAUGAUGCUGUACUGACUUCCUUUUAAACCAAAACAAACUAGACUGCAGGAGAGACAGCUAGCCACUGGGGUUUGGUUUGGUUUUGGUUUUGUGUAAAUAAGCCUAGGUGUUUGUUUCUUUCGUUUUUUAAAAUAGAAAUUGAGUUGUUGUUGGUAGUGGUGCGUGUGUGUGUGUGUGUGUGUGUGUGUGUGUGUGUGUGUGUGUGUGUUUGUCCCAAUGAAGAAAGACCCUGGGUGGCAGACGGAGCUUUUCUGGCUGCACAUCUUAUUCCAGUGAGUCAGCGUGGCUCUUCCCUUCCUUUGAUGGGUCCCUGCUUCUUUUUGGUGCUCUGAAAGUUGUCUGGCGGAAAGGAUUCUAAUUUUAAUUAAUUGUGCAGUGAGCUAAUCUCCUGAGCUUUUCUGCUUCGAGGCAUUUUAGGAAAAACAAAUGGUUUUAGUAGAUAAGGAGAGCCUAUUAAUGUUGGGUUUUUUGUUUUGUUUUGUUUCCAAACAAACACAGGAACAUUUUUUACUGUAGAUUUGGUUUUUAAUGGAUUUUUUUUAAAAAAUAAUAAUAUAAUAAAUAAGAGAGCCAAGCUCUGGGAAUUGGGGUUUUUUCCCUCUGAUUUUCUCAAGAUAUCAAGUGAGUUGCUAGCAAUAUUUUUUUAAAUUCAUUCCAGUCAGGAUUUUUUUAAAUUCUAUAUUGCCUAACUCUACACCAGCCAGAAAAAUGCUCCUUCUCUAUGCUCAUUUCUCCUCCAGUGAGAUCAUCACUUCAUUUUGACACUACACUAGAUUCACUGUGGUUGGAAACUCACUGCCUCACUUGACUCCCUCUACCUUGUAAUUGAUGGGUUUUUUUUGAAAUGUAACUAAGAUAUUAAUAAAUAGUGUGUGAUAUUCAAAGUUAUAUAAACUGGAAGGUUGUAUGUGGUCGCUUUUUGGGUUUUUUUUAUUAGGCUUUUUUUUAAAUUUUUAUACUCUCAAAUAAACUAGCAGUUUCAUUCUUUC